CAGCGCUUCAUCUGGAUGAGUCUUGUGGAGUUUUUCGAGACGCUCUAGCGGUAAUGGCUGUCUACUUGAACGAUAUUUCUCUUCUCGAAGAUACCCUCUCCAAUGAGGAUUUGAUCCUUUGUCCCUUCCACCAAAAGCCACUAUCAACGACAGAUAGCCAAUUUACAGCACUGCUAUCGUUCCAGACACCUGUUCCUCAGGCUGGCCGCCUAAUAGACGAUGAAGGUGGCUUCAGGCCGCCGAAAUGUGGAAAGUCUCUUGUCAGACUUGCAAACCCAGUUAAACUUGCUGUCAAGUUGGACAAGAUGGAAUGCAUCAUCCUCUUAUUGAAGAGUGUUUCUAACGGACAACGCGAACUUGAUCUGUAUAGGAAGGACAUAGUCACUGAAGUUGCUCUCCCGGAGCAGAUUGACCUUUUGCGCGUUGCAAUUGAGUCGGGUCGGCCUCUCACGAGAUACCGAUUUCUCGCACCGUCAAUUGCGGAUACUAUCUGGAUGAACGGACGAACUGACCUUUCUACAAGAUCGCCUGCUGGUAUCAAGUUGAGCAAAUUGCUAGAGACAACAACCAAUCCUAAGGUUUUCAAUCUGGCGUACGAUGCUAUAUUGGAUGGUUAUAGUGAGGAUGAAGGCGUUUGGUGGACCAAGGGUUUCUCCUCCGGGGCAGACACUCUCGCAUCUUGGGGCUUGAGAAGGCUUCAACGCGCUGUAUUGGACGACUGUCUGCCCAUCGUUCGAAGACUCAUAGAAUUGGAUUAUGCAUUAGGUCCGACACGAAGCAUUGAGGAUUUGAAGGAUGAGGAGCCCAAUGUUGUUGCCGACAUAAUUAAUGGCGAAAGGACGGUAGAUAUAGCUCUGCCUAUCGCGGUCAAAAGAGGGAAUCUUGAGAUGGUGGAACUUUUAUUCAUGGCUGGCGCGAAUAGGAAGCGCAAAAAUGUUCGGAAAGCGAUGAGAAUUGCUGUGGAACAGGGUAACCUUGCAAUGCUUGAGGUUUUGGCAAGUCAAGGAUCUCCGGCGGGACUAUUGAACCGAAAGGCAAAACAACGUUGGAAGCGAAAGAUGGAAGAGGCAGGCAGGCAGAAUAUGCUGAAAUGGCUAGAAAUGAUGUGAAAAGGACGUUGACUACAGACUAAUCCUUCAAUCCUUCAACUCAGUUCCUACGAAUUGACUCUGCCUUAUCGGCUGAUG